GACCAGCGAGUUGUGUCUAGGGCAGUUAGGUAGAGCUGUUCGGCGAGUGCUCCCGUGUUGGUGAGGGCCAAUAGUGUGACUCUAAUGUGAUGUGAUGUUUCUGUGGAUUGUUAUUGGUCGAGGUUGAGCCGUGCGAAGAUUAAAUUAAGGGGCCAUGCGCUGCAGUAGAGAAUCCAAUUACACACAGUGACUCUAGUAGAAAUUAUGAUUUAAUAGACUCCGAAACACGUGAAGCCAAUUUAGUGAUCUAUCCGCAUGAUGAAGACAGUGGUGAUAAAGUGAUUGAUAAAGUGAUGGUUAUUGUAAGUGGUUAGAAAUCAUGGGUUGUCAAUUAGGGAAGUUAGCAGCUGCGGAGCGAAGGUCUUGUCCCCAGACCUUGAGCGAUGGACCUCCGCCACAGACGGAUCCAAGACUACCAUUGACAGCGAAACAGAAAUACUCAAUGGUUGCGUCUUGGAAAGGAAUUUCGAGGGCGAUGGAGAAGACUGGGAUAUGUAUGUUUAUAAAGUUGUUCGAAGAAAACCAGGAACUUCUGAAUAUGUUUGAGAAGUUUCGCCAAUGCAGGACGAAGGAAGAGCAAAUUAACUCGAUGGAGUUAGCGGAACAUGCGAACAAUGUCAUGAACACUUUGGACGAGGGCAUCAAGACGUUGGAUGAUUUAGAUAAUUUUUUUGAGUACUUACACCAAGUGGGUGCUAGCCAUAGACGGAUACCUGGCUUUAAAGUCGAGUAUUUUUGGAAAAUUGAGGCGCCGUUUCUUGCAGCGGUCGAGGCAACGCUCGGAGAUCGCUACACUCCAAACGUUGAAAACAUAUAUAAAAUAACUAUUAAAUUCAUUUUACAGACGCUUAUUGAUGGGUAUGAAAAGACGUCGAAGCCUGAAGUUACGACGUGAAAUGAACGAAGGCUUUUUGAUCUCGAGAUGAAGUGUCAAUUUCAGAAUUCAAUUCUAGUUAAGGUCUACUAUUACGUUUGGUACUACUUUAGUUUACUGGAUAACGUUUAUUUAAACAAAUUAUUGUAUUAAUUUAUCUUAACUAUAUUACUGAUGUUUACUAUAGUUCGAUAAUUUUUAAAUAUUAUGUUUUCCUCCACGUACUACAAAGCUGUGGAAUGAGCUUCCUUUUGCGCUGUUUGCGGUGCAAUACGACAUGGGUACCUUCUAAAAAAGCGUGUACACUUUCCUUGAAGGCCGGCAACGCUCCUAUGAUUCCUCUGGCGUUGCAAGGGAAAGUAAAGAGAAGAAAUUUUCCAUAAAUAAAUCGUGAUUCCAAACGACUUGAUCACAAGGUGUUAGAAUUGAGUUAUGAAUUCGGUCACCCCAUGAUCAUAACGUUUGCAAAAAUGUUAAAAUAUCGGGAAACUCCACAAUCGUCGAAUUAUGUUGAAAACCUUUCAAACUUAAACUAAGUAUUUUGUGCGUUGUAUUGAGCUAAUUAAGGCGUUGAAAGUUCAACCCAUACAUUAAGCCAUCACAAACAUCACACUAAAUUGAUUUUAGUUAACCUAGUCAUUCAUCACAAUGCUGUACUCACAAAUAUUAGUUCGUUUAUAUAAUUUUAAUUGAAAAUCAAAUGUCUUAUAUCUUAGAUUAAAGAUUGGUCUCCGCUGCGCUCCAACUAGAUGGAAGUGGGCGUACUCGAGCCAGUCUCGAACAAUGCGUGACGAUGACGUACCCGUGCUCUGUUAAACUUUGCUAAUAAUUAAAAGUAAAAUGCCGGCUUGCGUAGUAAAACUUUUUAAAAAUAAUAGUACAAGAAAUAAGAAAGACACUGGGAUUACAUAUUAUCAUCAAUAAGUAUUUUGUAUUUUAUUAAUUUUAAUGUAAUCAAUGUCACACAUUGUUCGAGACUGGCUUGACUCGUACUGGAGCCAGUAUUAGUUGCCGUAUUUUGCGAUUACGCCUGCAGUAUCUAUUUAGAGCGCAGCGGAGACCAAUCCUUGAUAUAUGAUUAUUAUUAUUUAUUUGCCAUUGCAACACAAUUUUUAUUUUUAGGUUUCUUUCCUUCUUCAUAACUUUAAACAACUAACAAUGCUCAGUGAGAGCAUCUUUCUUUUCUGAUGAUAAUUUUGUGUAUAAUAAUUGAAAUAUACUAACAUAUAAUUUCAGUUACAUAAUAUAUGGAAAAUAUAAAUGUUAUUGUAUAGUAAUAGUACCACGAUGAGUAUUCUAGCGUGAAUCAUUAGUAAAUGUCUAUUUUGAUGUAACUUUUAGCUUUAAGUGUAUGAGAUAAUAUUAUACAGAUUAAAUAUUUAAAUAAAUCUUUGUUCAAGUAUCAUUAUUGAGCUCUAUCUGGGUGACAAUGACAGACGUAUUUUCUUCUAACCUGGUGUGUGUUAAACUUAAUAUGUGUUAUUAAUAAAAGCGAAGUAAAGUUAUUCCAAGUUUAAAACUUUUUGUCUUUAUCUUACUUACCUUUUUCACAACAGAAUUUAUUGAAGAAGGCGGUACUUUGCGGAAAUCUAUAAUUAUCCAAAUGAUUUGAGUUUUCUUUCAUCCAACGUUUUGAUGAGAUUUGAGGCAUCCUCAGGACGUGUUGACUCGCCAAAAUCUGGCUCGCAAAAAUAUGUCUCGUGCCAGAUUUUGGCGAGUCAACACGUCCUGCGGAUGCCUCUUGUAGGGCGAAACACGUGUUGAAUUGUUUAACAAAUAUUUAUACAAAUAUUGGCGGUAUUAACACUAAGGAAAACUCAAAUCAUUUGGUCAACAGAAUUUCAUGACAGGGAGAAGUAAUUUUAAGCUUGGAGCAACUUUUCAUUGCGUUUAUUAAAGCGGCAGAAUAUAUUUUGUCCUUAAAAUUAGAUUAAAAUUAAACGAAAUGAGUUGAUUGUCGUUGACUGGAGUCGCUCUUCGUUGUAUGCGGUCAAAUGGAAGAAGCUGGUACUGGUAAAAGUCCAUGCAGAGCUGCGUAAGCUGACAGUACAACAUGUGAGGCCAAUUUGGCCUUUUCUUGCAAGUGACGGAAUAUAUCGACGCUACAUACUGGCUGUACCGGUAGAGGACUGAUCUCGAAUCGAUGGGAUACGGUUUUUACUGGUGAACGACAAACUUGUGUCUUGUUAGGGUUGAAAUGGUCAAAAUUUUUCCAACCCCAUUCCGUGAAUACAUAACAUAGUCUCGAUUUCAGACACAAGAUUCUUUCUGGCUAUCGUUAGCGCUAUCCAGACAGAUGUCAGUACCGCUGGUGUAAGAGGCAUACCCUGUAUACAUAAUUGAUAUUAUAUAGAAGAAAUAGUGCAGGGGAUAGCACGCACCCUUGCGGGAACCAGCGUAUACAGAUUUUUGUCGGAGACUGCACCGUCGAAAACAACCUGAAUGCUGAUUUACUCAAAGGUUAAUAGAAGAUGUACCUAGUUGCUAAUGUAAUUAUUUUAAAGAUUGAUAAACAUUUAAAGAGAACCUAUAAUCUGUAGGAAGUGUGUGUUUAUGGAUCAAUUGUUAAGUUCAUUCAAUCGAAGUCUAUCAUUAAUAUUAGAAUCGAAUACAAAUCUAUGGUGUGAUCUGUUCUAUAAUGACAUGCUCUAUAGUCUAUAUGAAAGUUUGCAUGUUUGACCGUGUAAAUAUUAGGUAUUUUUUCCGUUAAUAUUGAAUGUCAUUUUAAUAAAUCUUACAAUGUUUUGUAUAUAAAAUUGUCUAUUAUUUUAAUAAAACUUAUCAUUAUUUUCUGAUAAUGUAUUUUAAUAUAAACUAUUAUAUAAGAUUCAUAAGUCCUUAAUUAAUUUUAAUGGAUAAAUGAUUUUUUACCUUCCAGUUAAAACAACCUUAAACGGCCAUCCGAGUUUUCAGGCUUAAGGUACCAUCUGAGAGUGAAGUUUCUUAAAUUUAACCAAACUUUAAGACAAUUACAACUUUACAACAACAGACACUCACCAAUAUCAAAUAAAUCUUAGUUAGAUUAUUUGUAACAUAAAUUUGACAGAGUGACAGACAGACAUUGGAGUCAUAGUAAUAGUGCUCGCGUUGGAUAUCCUAUUGAAACGGAGGCCUAAUAAGGUCAAGGAAGUGUCUGACUGUGUAUUUUUCAAUUAAAAAUUAUUAAUAAAAUGUAGGAAUGUUCAACUAGUCAGCAUUUACAAAAUAGUUUCUGUAUUGAAACAAAAUUGAAUCAAGGCCAAUUAUAUAGUCCAGUGAUGACUUGUCACCAACAAUAUAUGAAACCUUUCAGUAUUGUAUAGUUCCCUAAAAUGAUUAUAAACAAAACUUGCAUAGACUGAAGCAAAACUUUGGCUUCGGAGCCGAGUGAAUGCCGUUAAGAAUUAAAAGAAGGAUUCAUACUGCCAUUGGUAUGAUACCCAAAGGCUCUGCUACUGCUAAUUUUAUCCUUUUCUAAGUUGUGCAUUAUAAUUAUAAUUAUAGCAUUACAGAAUUUCUUGUAACCUUUCAUAUUGUGUCCAGUCCUAACUAAAGCUUUUUAUACACUUUAUAUAUACCUUGUAAGUAAACCUUUUAACAUGAUUUUCAUCUCCUACAUGACGACCGAUUUAUUAGAAAACUUGCGCAACCAUCAAGGGCCGUUGACCAUAUAAAAUUUUCAGAACUUUAUCCUUAUAUCCCAUCCAGGAUCACUAGGAUAAUCGCUUAUCAGCCAGAAAUGUAGUAAAUAUAUUGUUUACACAUACGACACUCUGUUACAGUAUACUUUUGAUGCUGUUCUAAGACUCAAAGGAAAAAAGUCAGAUAGAAAUUAUAUUUAACUGGAAAACUCGCUUUUAUAGCGCAAGGAAACCAAAAAAACUAUUUUUUUUAAAGGAGAGUUCGUUCUAUAGCGAUAUAUCGUCCAAUAAGAAUUGUUUUUUUUUUAAUAAACUAGUGGACUCUAUGAUCGCUAUUCGCUAUAGUGUAUACUAUGUACUUCAGCUUGAUAUUAAAGCGAGUAGUUUUUUAGUUCUUCAAACCAUCGGUUAUUAUUUCUAACGAGCGUAAAGUUAACAAAAUGGUAUCUUUAUAACUAUUUGUAAGAACAACAUAUUAUUAUAGAUAUCUAUAUUAUAUCGUUGUAAUGAUGUUAGUGUCCCUAUAGACAUAGUACUGUGUAUUUAUCAUACUUAAGGGAUGGAUGUUUAUAUCAUAUUAUGUUAAGUUCUACAAUCAGUGUAUUAAAUGUUAUUUUAUUGAUAAUAAAUAUUAUUUAAAACUGU